CUCGGCCCUCCUUGCCUUGGUGCCCAUCCCAGCCAUGGCAUCGCAGAGAAGGGUCUGAGGGAUGAUGCCCCAUCAUCGCUACGGUCCAGCGCUUGGCCGUCCCUGAGGAGGGCUUUUUGGGGAAGGGGAGAUGCGUUUGCCUGGUGGCUGCGUUUCACUCGGGCAGGGGUCCUCCUCCUCCUCCUCCGGCAGUGCCAGCCUUUGCCCCCCGCUUUGCCUUUCAGGAAGGGAGGCCCGGAGUCCCACCACCAUCAUCACCACCACCAUCAUGCUCCUGCGAGGACCCCCGGCAUCAGCCUCAGCACCGACAGCCGGAGCCAGCCCCUUCUGCUAAGAAGAAAGCCCCCUUCCGCCUCUUUCCUUCUGGAGCUCCAGAUGUGGGUCUCUCUGGGCGAGAAGAGCCGAGGAGCGAGUGGCAUGUGCGCCGUGGGCCCCGACUGCCGCCGCCACCCCCAGCCGCCUCCUCCUCCUCCUCCUCCUCCGCCCCACAGCGCCUGAGCCCUCCUCGCCCAAGGCUCGCCCGGUCCCUCUCUCUCUCUCUCGGGUGGGAUUUGCACCAAGGCACCAGGCGACCAAGGCAUCCUCUCAGGAACCAGAGCUUUUUUCAACGAUUGAACCCUUUCCCUUGGCCUCGCCCCCUCCUCACUGGUCCCCCCCCGCCAUCUCGCCCUUCUUAUGUGGAUGAUAUGCCAGCGAGCAGAGGAGACUGGAGACUCCCAACAUGCCCACUCCCUUAAUCUGUCCGCCAAGAGGUUCUGCUUCUGCAAAGCAAGGGAGUGCAAGAGCUGAAGAUGAGGCCCAGAGCAGAGUGCUACUCUUCAAAGUUCUGGCUUAUGCUGGCAGUCUUAGCAACAACAGGUGGUGGGGUCUGGGCCCAAAAGAACCACCCCAGCAUUGGCAUUGCUGUCAUCUUGGUGGGCACAUCUGACGAAGUAGCUAUCACAGAUGCCCACAAGAAAGAUGACUUCCACCACCUCUCUCUCGUGCCUCGUGUGGAACUGGUGGCCAUGAAUGAGACAGAUCCCAAGAGCAUCAUCACUCGCAUCUGUGAUAUUAUGUCUGACCGGAGGGUUCAAGGUGUAGUGUUUGCUGAUGAUACGGACCAGGAAGCCAUUGCACAGAUCCUGGACUUCAUUUCUGCCCAGACCCUCACACCCAUUCUAGGAAUCCAUGGAGGCUCUUCCAUGAUCAUGGCAGAUAAGGAUGAAUCAUCCAUGUUCUUCCAAUUUGGCCCAUCAAUAGAACAACAAGCUUCUGUCAUGCUCAAUAUCAUGGAGGAAUAUGACUGGUACAUCUUCUCCAUUGUCACUACCUACUUUCCUGGCUAUCAGGACUUUGUCAACAAGAUCCGCAGCACUAUUGAGAACAGCUUUGUGGGCUGGGAGCUAGAAGAAGUACUUCUGCUGGACAUGUCUUUGGAUGAUGGGGACUCAAAGAUCCAGAAUCAGCUCAAGAAACUCCAGAGUCCUGUCAUCCUCCUUUACUGUACUAAGGAAGAAGCCACCUAUAUCUUUGAGGUGGCUAACUCUGUGGGUCUGACUGGGUAUGAUUACACAUGGAUUGUGCCCAGUUUGGUGGCUGGAGAUACAGACACGGUGCCCUCUGAAUUCCCAACUGGACUUAUUUCUGUGUCGUAUGAUGAAUGGGACUAUGGUCUUCGUGACAGGGUGAAGGACGGAAUAGCCAUAAUAACCACGGCCGCCUCUGACAUGCUAUCUGAGCACAGCUUCAUUCCUGAGCCUAAGAGUAGUUGCUACAACACACAGGACAAGAGGAUCUACCAAUCCAACAUGUUAAAUAGGUACCUGAUUAAUGUCACCUUUGAAGGAAGGAAUUUGUCUUUCAGUGAGGAUGGCUACCAGAUGCACCCCAAAUUGGUUAUCAUCCUUCUGACGAAGUCAAGGACGUGGGACAGGGUGGGAUGGUGGAAGGACAAGCGUCUCAAGAUGAAGUAUUACGUGUGGCCACGUUCAGAACUGUACCCUAACUGUGAGGAGCGUGAAGAUGACCAUCUUAGUAUAGUGACCCUAGAAGAGGCUCCAUUUGUAAUUGUGGAAAAUGUGGAUCCACUAAGUGGUACCUGCAUGAGGAACACUGUCCCGUGCCAGAAACGAAUUGUGUCAGAGAACAAGACAGAUGAGGAGACUGCCUAUAUAAAAAAAUGUUGCAAAGGAUUUUGUAUUGAUAUUCUUAAGAAAAUCUCAAAGUUUGUGAAGUUCACGUAUGACCUUUACUUGGUAACAAAUGGUAAACAUGGGAAGAAGGUCAAUGGGACAUGGAAUGGAAUGAUAGGCGAGGUGGUUGCCAAACGUGCCUACAUGGCAGUGGGAUCCCUCACCAUAAAUGCAGAGCGAUCAGAAGUUGUUGACUUUUCUGUGCCCUUCAUUGAGACAGGCAUCAGUGUAAUGGUGUCGCGAAGCAAUGGAACUGUCUCACCUUCUGCCUUCUUAGAGCCAUUCAGUGCUGACGUGUGGGUGAUGAUGUUUGUAAUGCUGCUUAUAAUCUCUGCGGUGGCUGUCUUUGUCUUUGAGUACUUCAGCCCUGUAGGAUACAACCGGUGCUUGGCGGAUGGUAGAGAGCCAGGUGGUCCUUCUUUCACCAUUGGCAAAGCAAUCUGGUUGCUGUGGGGUCUGGUGUUCAACAACUCUGUGCCAGUGCAGAAUCCCAAGGGAACCACUAGCAAGAUCAUGGUGUCUGUAUGGGCCUUCUUUGCUGUCAUCUUUCUGGCCAGUUAUACUGCCAAUUUGGCUGCCUUCAUGAUCCAAGAAGAGUAUGUGGACCAGGUGUCUGGACUGAGCGACAAAAAGUUUCAAAAUCCGAAUGCUUUCUCACCACCUUUCCGUUUUGGGACAGUUCCUAAUGGCAGUACAGAGAGGAAUAUUCGCAACAAUUAUGAACUGAUGCAUGCCUACAUGGUGAAGUUCAACCAAAAAUCAGUGCAAGAUGCACUAUCCUCACUGAAGACAGGGAAACUGGAUGCUUUUAUCUAUGAUGCAGCUGUGCUAAACUACAUGGCUGGCAGAGAUGAAGGUUGCAAGCUGGUGACAAUUGGCAGUGGGAAGGUUUUUGCUUCCACGGGCUAUGGCAUUGCCAUCCAGAAGAAUUCAGGCUGGAAACGACAAGUGGACCUGGCAAUUCUACAGCUUUUUGGUGAUGGAGAGAUGGAGGAGCUUGAAGCUCUCUGGCUCACUGGCAUUUGCCACAAUGAGAAGAAUGAGGUCAUGAGCAGCCAGCUGGACAUAGAUAACAUGGCUGGAGUCUUCUAUAUGUUGGGAGCAGCCAUGGCCCUCAGUCUUAUCACCUUCAUCUGUGAACAUCUCUUUUAUUGGCAAUUCCGCCACUGCUUCAUGGGUGUCUGCUCUGGCAAGCCUGGUGUUGUUUUCUCAAUCAGCAGGGGUAUUUAUAGCUGCAUUCAUGGAGUGGCUAUUGAAGACCGCCAUUCUUCAAUGAACUCCCCCACUGCCACCAUGAACAAUACCCAUUCUAAUAUUUUGCGCCUGCUCCGAACAGCAAAGAACAUGGCAAAUCUUUCAGGGGUCAAUGGCUCACCACAAAGUGCCCUGGAUUUCAUCCGUCGUGAAUCAUCUGUCUAUGAUAUCUCUGAGCAUCGUCGCAGCUUCACUCAUUCUGACUGCAAAUCUUAUAACAACCCCCCCUGUGAGGAGAACCUUUUCAGUGACUACAUUAGUGAGGUAGAAAGGACCUUUGGCAAUUUACAGUUGAAAGAAAGUAAUGUUUACCAAGACCAUUAUCACCACCACCAUCGCCCCCAUAGCAUAGGCAGUGCCAGCUCCAUAGAUGGACUGUAUGACUGUGAUAAUCCACCCUUUUCCGCCCAGCCACGGUCUCUCAGUAAGAAGCCAUUAGAUAUUGGCUUGCCGCCAGCCAAACAUGGCCAGCUAGGCGACCUCUAUGGCAAAUUGUCUUUCAAGAGUGACCGGUACAGUGGAGGAGGGGCACAUGAUGACUUGAUCCGUUCUGAUGUCUCAGACAUAUCUACUCAUACGGUGACUUAUGGCAACAUUGAGGGCAAUGCUGCAAAGCGACGAAAACAACAGUAUAAGGAUAGCCUAAAGAAACGACCUGCUUCAGCUAAGUCACGGAGAGAAUUUGAUGAGAUUGAGUUGGCCUAUCGUCGGCGUCCCCGUUCCCCUGACCACAAGCGCUACUUCAGGGACAAGGAAGGGCUAAGGGAUUUCUAUUUGGACCAGUUCCGGGCUAAGGAGAACUCACCACACUGGGAACAUGUGGAUCUGACAGAUAUUUAUAAAGAGCGGGGAGAUGACUUCAAGCGUGAUGCAAUAGGGGGAGCAGGGACAUGCACCAAUCGGAACCACCACAAACAUGGGUCCGGGGAAUUUGGAGCAAACAAUGAGCACAAGCACAGUGCUGUGAGUGGGGUACCAGCACCAUGGGAAAAAAACCUCACUAAUCUUGAUUGGGAGGAACGACCAGGGGCUAAUUAUUGCCGUAGUUGCCCAUCUAAGCUGCAUAACUACACUCCAACGGUGGUGGGCCAGAACUCCACCCGUCAGCCAUGCAUUCGGUGUGAAGCCUGCAAGAAGGCAGGCAACCUCUAUGACAUCAGUGAGGACAACUCCCUCCAAGAGCUGGAUCAACCCUCUGCUCCUGUGCCAGUGGCAACCAGCACCUCCACUACCAAGUAUCCGCAGAGCCCAUCCAACUCUGCGUCCAAGGUGCAGAAAAAGAAUCGCAACAAGCUCCGUCGGCAACACUCCUAUGACACCUUUGUGGAUCUGCAAAAGGAAGAAGCAGCUUUGGCACCCCGUAGUGUGAGCCUGAAAGACAAGGGCCGCUUUUUGGAAGGAAGCCCCUAUGCUCAUAUGUUUGAGAUGCCAGCAAGCGAGUCCACAUUUGCCAACAACAAGUCCUCAGUGCCCGCUACCAGCCACCACCAUCACAACAAUCCUGGCAUUAGUGGUGGUUAUAUGCUCAGCAAGUCGCUCUACCCUGACCGGGUCACUCAAAACCCUUUCAUCCCUACUUUUGGGGAUGACCAGUGCUUGCUCCAUGGCAGCAAAUCCUAUUUCUUCAGGCAGCCUGUGGUGGCAGGAGGGCCUAAGGCUAGGCCAGACUUCCGAGCCAUUGUCACCACCAACAAGCCAGUGGUCUCAGCCCUUCAUGGGGCUGUGCCAGCCCGUUUCCAGAAGGACAUCUGUAUAGGGAACCAGUCCAACCCCUGUGUGCCUAACAACAAAAACCCCAGGGCUUUCAAUGGCUCCAGCAACGGGCAUGUUUAUGAGAAACUUUCCAGUAUUGAAUCUGAUGUCUGAGUGAUGAGGAAAAGCAUGGGAGGGGAUGGUUCAGGAAAUGCAAAGUGUGGGAGGGGCAGGUGGUGGGUUCAGACCUAGUUCCCAUUUGCUACUCUUCUGCUUCUGUUUUUUUCUUAAAGGAAUAUUGGAGGUCUGCUUAGGCAGCACUGAUGAGAAGUGCCACCUCUUUCUUUCCCCAUUCCCUCUCACCUGACUAUCUCUUUUCAUUUCCUCACUCGCAGUUCCAUUCCUGGCCAUCACAUGUCAGAGCUUAGUAGCUUAGCUUGUGUUUUCACAAUUGGAAAUGCAGGGCAUGGAAGAGAUGAGGUCUACAUAUGAGUGGGGUCAGUGGCCACAGAAUUUCAAGGUUUUUUAGCGUCAGACUGUGAUAGUACAGAUAUGAGAGUGUGGCAUAAGGUGAAAGGUAGAAGAGAUGAUAUGGGCAUAAAGAAGAUGUAAUUCUUGUAUUUUAAACAAAACUGAUGCGAUAUAAAAUAGCGUGGAGUCAACAUCAUACAGUAUAUGCUGAUAGCAUGCAGAGAUCCACUCAGUUCUCUUAUGAUGACCCUGUGGGUUAAAGGCUGAAAUAUGGAUCAGUGCAUAUAUAAGUGUGUCAACAUGUACUUAAAUCGUGGUAUAUUUAUAAUGAGGAGUGGUUUCACAUUUGCGCAGCUGCAGCCAGUAAUGCAGUCACCAUAAUCUAGUGAGGGCAUUUCUGGAAAAUGAGUUGGAAUUACAUACGUGAAUGCCAAUGAGAUGAAGUGACUCCCAGAAAAAGUCUUAAGAAAAUUAAAAAAUUGACACCCGAGGGAGGGGAGAAUGGCAGAUUUUACCCUACUCAUGAACAACUCAUUUUUAAUUUUGAAAUCAUGAACUCUCAAAUGUGGGUUGGUUUAUGCACAAAUUUAAUCACAUGAAUAAUAGUUUACAAAAUCGUCAGUGAUGAAAAAUAAAUAAAUAAAUUUAGCAUUGCUAAGAUAUUUAGUUGAUAAACCCAGCAGAGCAAGCCUUUGCGAUACAAAGGAAUCGAAGGGGCAAAUAAAAAUGAAAGAAUAAAAAGAAAAACAGGAUUGAGAACUCAGAAAACUCUGAUUGUUCAGAUUGACUGAGAGUGGGGGGAGGGGGAGAGGACUCAAUCAUCUUUCACUGCUAUUGCUUAUCUUACAGAAUGAGUUUAUGAGAUGAAAGGCUUUCUCUGCUGUUGGUGUUGAAGCAUUACUUUUGGAGCAGAAAGUGCAAGAUGGUGCUGGUGGUGGUGCAAAUAGGGCCAGCACAACUCAGACAUGUGUAUAUGUGUAUUUAUUGAAUAUAUACUUAUAUUUGAUAAUUAUAGUGUUGUGGAAAUACAUGGCUUGUCUUCCACAGGGCAGGAGGAGAUGAAACAUCAGAUCACACAGGUGGCGUGGUGGGGGCUGGCAAGAGAGGUAGAAAGAGGUAGGGUGGAAAUUAAGGAGGAGACCAGGAGGUGCUAAACUGAACAAGUGGAGUGUUGUUUUUUUCCAUUUAGCAACUUCAGAGUUGUGCUGGCCCUGUUUGCAGCACAUAUAGUAUUGGUAACCACAGUUUUGCUGCAGCAGAAGACUACUGUAAAUGCAAGUUAAAACUAUGUACAUGAUAGAAGUGACAUUGUUUCAUUUACAGCAGGAACCUCAGGCAAGGGCAAUGAGUCCACUGUUGCUUCCCAAAUAUGUGGCAAAGUGUCUCACUUUUUCAUGGGUCUGCUCUUCGGCUUUCCUAACAGGAAAGGAUGGCAAAAAUGCUCUUUUGCUAUAUCUGGUAUGUUGCAGUUGAACUGGAUGCACAGAGAAGCACAGGCCCUGAACUUUGGAAGCAGGCAUUCUUUUUCCAAGCCACAUUUCCUGCAGCUGCUCCUCCUCUCAUGUAUUCUUCCAACCACAGCACACUUGGCUUCAUCUUAAUACCUUUCCUGCAUUUAAACCAAUUGAAGGCCUUGUUUUGGGGUAAAUGGAGUAAGGAUGAACAUUUUGUGAAAUGGGAAUUCUCCUCCCACUUCUGGAUUUACUGGGCAAGUUAUGGAAGGGGCAGUGCCCUCUCUAUGGCUGGAGGAGCUGAACAACUUGCAGUUCCUCUCCUCCUCCUCCUCUGAAGAAAGUGAUACUUGCCUAGCAAUCUGCAGAACACAAAAUGGCAAUGCUGAAUCCUCUAACAAGGGCAGCUGAGAAGGCAUUCAUUUCAUUUGUAAAUAUGGGUUUUUUUUCUAUUUCAUUUUGUAUAAACCAUUUUUUCUCUUGUGAAUAUUCAGGUUUGGAGAGGAGAGGGGUUUUAAGUUAUUUUCUCCCUGCAACUUUCAGGCUGGAAUUAGUUUUAUGUGUGCCCAGGCCAUUAAAAAUGGUAGAGAAUGAAAAACUGCAUGCAUUGAAUACCUCUUUUUAACUCUCACCCAUCACAUAUUUUUCUUCAUGGUCAGAAAAUGGCAUUACAUCAUCUCUAGCCUUGCUAGCAGGGCUUUUGUCGUAUAAUAGAAGCACAUCACCUCCCUUGCUUGAUUGUAAACUCCAUAUCAUAAUCUUUCCCUGGAACUUUAGUCCUGAGACUGUGCUGUUUUCCUAUGAUGAGUGAACUAUCAUUUUGAAUGUUCAGUUUAGAUCAUCACCCAGCACUACAGGGACUUCUCCAAAGUUAUGUUGGCUUGGAAACCUUGAGGAUGGGAAUUUCCCCCAGUUUGCUAAUACUUCUUAAGGUUUAUGAGAGCUGGGUUUGAUUGUACUGAUAAGCUUACCUCUGGUGGCUGUUUCAGUAUUCCCAUCCUUCAGCUGAAACCAAAAACAUUAGAGAAGCAUACUUCAGAGAUAAGUGAAGUAAAAAAAAACCAAACCAAAAAGAUGCUAACUGAACUCUCAGAAUGAUUCCAGAUUUAUCUUUUGGGUAAAGUUCACUAUUGCUCUCAUUUUCUUACAGUCUUUUCCUCUGAGCUUAGCUCAGUCUGAACACUGAAGACAACAUGUUUACAUUUAUAGGUUUAGGUUUGAUAAUAUUCAAGUGCUUUACGAAUGUUAAUUUGUGUGCACAGAGCAUGAGAAAUGCCUACUUUAAAGACAACUAGAAAUGGUGGAGGAUUUUCGACAAUAUUCCAUCUGCAGAUAUCUUGUAUAUUGUCUUGACACAUAUUAGCCUCUUGGGUUUUUCCACUUACCUUUCACUGCGACAUAUGGUUUUCUUUCUCUUGAAAUUUGACCAAGAGAGAAAAGGUUGAUUGUUUGAAUCAUGCAUAUAAGUAACUCUUGGAACACCAAUUGAUAUUUAAGUCUUUGAGUGUUAUUUUUCUGAAAAUAAUCAAGCGAACAUGACAGGAAAUUUUAGUAGCAGGUGCUGUUUAUGCUAGAGUGGAGGCAGUAAUGCUGGUUCCUUUAUUUGCCCAAAAUACAGUAUAGCACUUUGUACAAUAGUCUAACAAAAUUUUAUGUUAAUCAUCUCAAAAAUUCGGUUUCUUCUUCUCUCUUGGGAAAAUGUAAGCUGUCCCUAACAUUCCUUUCCAUUUUAAAGAUUGAUUUCCCCCAUGAACUAAAGUUUAUUGUCUUCUCCAUGGAUGAAUGUUUCUGUACCUGACCUUACAUAAUAUAACUGGUGUGGUUCUCAGUCUGACAUCUCUUGACUUUCAAGUUCUUUAGAAGGCGGUUUUGGAAUACUUUUUAAUAUUCAUCCUUCUAGAAUCAUGACAAUAUGUGUAUUGUGAAUGCAAGGGAAUAAAGGAGGAAUGGCAGGCUUCCCAAGCUGUUAAACAUCUAUUCUGGCAUUCUAUAAUGGAUGUGAUACAGUGUUUGCUAAUGUAGCAAAAUACCAUGUUGUUAUAUCAUGUUAAUAGUGUCUGGUGCUCCAUGGAUAUGGUAAGUGAGAUAUUUUGCAUAAUAAUGAAAAUAUCAAAGAAGGUGGUUAGUUUCCAUAUUAUCACUAAUCUACAGGUUUUCAUAUCCUCCCAUUCCCGUGUAAAGGCAAAUCUUCAGCAUUUCCUGGACUUGUGAAAUUCCAACACAAUCUCAAUUUGGGUUCUGUCUUUCAACCAUAUUGUUAUAACCUUCCUCUUCCCCUUGAGAAUUUCCCCUCCCAAAUUCUUUCAUCCAAAUCUGCAGUUUUCCUCAUAAUGUCUAAAUGUCAAAAUCAUCAUAAUAGUGAAGAACUAGUUACACAUAACAACAAUUUUCUUACUCCAUUCUCCAGAAAAUUGUUGCCAUGAUAGCCAGACUAGACUUGCAUGCCUUUUGAGCUUCUUUAUAUCUAUCUAUCUCUCUUCUUGCCAGAAAGGGUUGGCAUGUUAUUCAUGGUUACUCUUGAUGUUGCUCAUCUGCUCCAAAAUGAGACUUGUUUUGGUUUGAUUCCAUUACAUCCAUCAGAAAUAAGUACAAGAAAGACCAUGAA